UGGCAGAUAGAACGACAUGGAGUUAUAUGAUCACGUGGCCCGAACGAGACUUCAUUCACACUUCAAGUUUUUUCCGGAAGAAAGACCGCCAUUUUCCCCACUCCGUAAUUCGGACAAUUUCAGGGAAAUGGUCAGCUAAAUUGCAACUUCUUCCCCGGAUAUACCACGAUGGCCACUAUGGCAAGUGGUAAAGAAGCUGGGGACAGCCAAACCCCCAGGAAGUACCCUGGUAUAACAUCUCCCAUCAGCCUAUCAGAACCCACCAAGUUUGACAUUGACCUGAAUGUGAAGCUGGUGAACACACUCAAGCCUUACAAUGUGUUUGACACAGAGGAGGGACUCACGCAUAGAAUGGUGGUCUUGGGCAAGUUGAACAAACUAGUAAAGGAGUGGAUUAAACAAGUCAGUCUAGCCAAGAAUAUGCCACCUGCAAUAGCUGAGACAGUGGGAGGGAAAAUCUACACCUUUGGUUCCUACAGGCUGGGUGUCCAUGGAGCAGGUGCUGAUAUUGAUACCCUGUGUGUAGCACCUCGUCAUGUCGACAGAUCAGACUUCUUUUCAUCAUUCUAUGAAAUUCUGAAAGACCAGAAGGAAACCACGGAUAUUAGGGGUGUUGAAGAAGCAUUUGUUCCUGUCAUCAAAUUAGACUUUGAUGGUGUUGAGCUUGAUAUCCUGUUUGCCCGACUGGCGUUACCUCAAGUCCCCGAGGACCAGGACCUUCGAGAGGAGGUCCUCCUGAAGAACCUGGACCAGAGAUGUGUCAGGAGUCUGAAUGGCUGUAGGGUCACUGAUGAGAUGCUCCACCUGGUGCCCAACAGGGAGAACUUCCGCCUGGCUCUCAGGGCUAUCAAACUCUGGGCCAAGAGAAGAGGGGUGUACUCCAACGUGCUGGGUUUCCUGGGCGGAGUAUCCUGGGCCAUGUUGGUGGCCAGGACCUGCCAGCUGUACCCAAACGCCAUCGCUUCUACCCUUAUCCACAAGUUCUUUCUAGUCUUUUCUAGGUGGGAGUGGCCCCAGCCUGUUUUGCUGAAACAGAUUGAUGAGAAUAAUAGACUUGGUUUCCAAGUCUGGGACCCAAGAACCAAUCCCAUGGACCGUUUCCACCUGAUGCCCAUCAUCACGCCGGCCUACCCCCAGCAGAACUCCACCUACAACGUCUCCCUGUCCACUCGUGCCAUCAUGCAGGAGGAGUUCAAGAUAGGUCUACAAGUUACCCAAGAGAUCUUCGAAGGCAAAGCCACAUGGGACAAACUAUUUGAACCUGGUAGUUUCUUUGGCAAAUACAAGCACUACAUCGUUCUCAGCACGUCUGCAACUUCAAAAGAGCAUCACCUGGAAUGGGUGGGACUGGUGGAAUCCAAGGUGAGGAUAUUGAUAGGUAACCUGGAGAGGACAGCUUACAUCGCUCUGGCACAUGUCAACCCCAAGCAGUACCCUCCUCUUAACCCCCAGGAGGAUGUGUUUGUGACCAACUGGUUCAUCGGGCUCCAGUUCAAUAAGAUUGAGGGAGGGAACAUCGACCUGACCUUUGAGAUCCAGUCCUUCACUGAUACGGUUCACAGGCAGGCCAUAUCCAAUGGUACCCUGAAGGAAGGGAUGAAGAUUGAGGCCCGGUCUGUAAGAAGGAAACAGCUGGGAGAGUACCUCCCACCUUCACUCCUCAAGUUCAACAAGAAGAGGUCUCUUCCAGCACAGGGUGAAGAGGCAGGGGAGACCCCACCCAGGAAAAAGAUCAGUCUUGAUUCCGGGAUCAGCCCAGCGUCUACCCCGGGCAGCGCCCAGACCACUCCUGUCACAGUCAGGAAGCUCAGCACCAAAACAGAGGACACCGACACCCCGCCGCCCACCUCGGCUUCUCCCCCCCUCCCUGAGGCAGAGAGACAACAGGGGACCACCACACCCGAACCUACUGCAAACGGGACACUGGACGACAGUGUCACAGAGACCAAUGGUUCUGCAGCAGGCACUACAGAAGUAAAGAGGCCACAUUCCCCUGACACACCAGACACCACAGCAGACGGCAACACCACACAGUCUCCCCCGCCCGAGGGUUCAGAGGUUAAGGCAGCUGCUGACAAGCAGCUUUCACCUGACAAGCAGGAGGCAAAGGAUGUGGAUACUUCAGUAGACGGCAACGAGCCUGCUCCCAAACGAUCACAUUCCCCUUCCAAUGAAGGACCAGACCAAAAAUUACAGAGACAGUCUCCAUUGACAGUGGAAGAAGAUGAAGCAAGUAUGAAGAAUCCUGCUACACCCCCCAGUAUAGACCAAAAUAGAGUGCAGAGGCUUCCGAGUGGCGAGCUUCCCGACAUCUCCUCCCCUAGAACGACGACUGCCAACGUCAGCGUGGUGAAGAAUUCCAUCAAACUCAGGUUGAAAUAGGGCUAUGGAUGGUUUGCGGGGCGGGAAUUGAAGAAGAGGGCUCCCAUAUUGGGACUUUAGGGACUGCCACUGUCAGGUUGGUCAGUGGGACUCAUGGCUGGAUAGUGUAACCUACCAUGCAGGAAAAGCUGGGUAAAAUAAUGGUCAGUUUUUUUUUCUGCUGAAUGGAUCACUAGGGGUGAAAGGAUUGAUUAGGGUAUUGUCAAUAACCUGUCCUGUGCUAACUUAUCAUUUUAAUUGACUAGACGCGUAGGCACCGUAAAUGUUUCGUAAUCUUCUCAGUUCGGUCGAUGGUGUUUCUGAACUGGAAAUGAUUAUUUGGGGGCACUGUACUUGAGUAGGAGUUCCAGGACAUAGGUAGGAGUACUGACAAGUAGAGAGGCAAGACUUGCCUGGAAUCUGUACAUUUUAUGUAGAUUAGAUUUACACUGUUGUUUUGGUUCAUACUAAUCCAUGUAGUCCUUAAUAUUUUUAGGUUGAUUUUUGUUUUAGAUUUUGAUGGGUAGUUGUGUACAUUCUACAAUAGUGAUUUCUUACCUUCACACUUCCCCAGGUAUUGGCGGAUAUGUAUUUUUGUCCCUUUGUACAUUACGUUCAUCCUGUGGCUGCAUUGUUCUGCUUCGCCUGUAUUUUUCCAUAGAAACAGCCUGGUAGGAACAAAUCCAUGGGAAUAAUGACCGAUAGCUGAUGGCAUUCCUGAUAUUUAUUGGAAUAUGGCUAUUUCUGUAACUGUAAAUUCAUGUAGAGAAAUAAAGGAGCUAUUUUUGUUGGUGGUGUACUGUCAUUACUGUCACGCACUACACACACCUUUUUUUCGCUUUUUUUCCUCUUUCAAGCAGCCGAAAUAUCUCAAUAUAGAAGAGAUACACAGAAAGAGAAAGAUCUCAGUGUUAACUGAAGCUGUGUAAGAUGUGGACAGAUGUUUAGGUGGAGUAUCAGUUUGAUGUUUUGGCCAAGGCACUAGCCAGUUAGAUCUACCUUGGCGCCCUUCCACCUUCAUGUCAUGAUAUCACUGUACACUUGAGGAAAACGAAUCCAGUUUGGGGUAAGUAUCACCGUUGCUUGAACCAAAAUUGCGAGUUCAUCAGCUUUUAACUUUGACGUAGGAAGUGCCUUGGUCCGUCUAGCUAGCUAGGUCUAGGCCUGCAUGGGAUGCAAUUGCAUUAUUAUGAACUGGAAAUGUUUUGUGAUUUUGGACCAUGGCAUUUAUGUUGAACACUUCUGUUUUCCAUUCGACCAUAUGGUUUUUGUUUGUACAUGGUGAUCAUUUCCGAAUAAAAGGCUCUAUUUUCAA